AGGCGGAAGGGGAUUCCUUGUACGGGACCCCCAAGGAGGAACUUGGCCCCGUGAUCGGCGAGGCGAAGGCCUCCUUCAUGCGAAGUCAGCUGGAGGCCCUCUUCCAGCCUUCCGAUAACAAACUGGCUAUGAAGCUGUUCGGUAGCAAAAAAGCGCUUAUGAAAGAGAGGAUAAGACAAAAAGCGGCUGGCCAUUGGGUCAUCCACCCGUGCAGCAAGUUCAGGUUAUACUGGGACUUGUGUAUGCUGUUCUUUCUGGUGGCGAACCUAAUCGUCCUUCCCGUGGCCAUCUCCUUCUUCAACGACGACUUGUCCACCCGGUGGAUCGCCUUCAACUGCCUCUCGGAUACCGUCUUCCUCUUGGACAUCCUCGUCAACUUCAGAACGGGUAUCAUGAACCAGGACAAUUCGGAGCAAGUGAUCCUGGAUCCUGGUAUGAUUGCGAGGCAUUACCUGAGGACGUGGUUCUUCCUGGACCUCAUCAGCUCCAUCCCAUUAGACUAUAUCUUUCUCAUUUUUAACAAGGACUACCAGGAGAAUUACCAGCUGUUGCACGCGGGGCGGGCCUUGCGGAUCCUACGGCUGGCUAAGAUGCUCUCCUUGCUCAGGCUACUCAGGUUGUCCAGGCUGGUUCGGUAUGUCAGCCAAUGGGAAGAAGUCUACAUGGAUGGCAUAGCAACAUUUACCCACACCGUUGGCCUCUACAGGUAUCUGAUUGGUAACUGCGGUGAACCCUGUGCCUCCAAGUUCUUGAACAUGGCAAGUGUAUUCAUGAAAAUAUUCAAUCUUAUAUGCAUGAUGCUUCUUAUCGGACACUGGAGUGGAUGCCUUCAGUUCUUGGUGCCAAUGUUACAAGGAUUCCCGCCCAAUUCUUGGGUCGCCAUCAACGAACUACAGCAUGCCUUCUGGCUGGAACAGUACUCAUGGGCGCUGUUCAAAGCCAUGUCCCAUAUGUUAUGCAUCGGCUACGGGAGAUUUCCGCCACAGAGUCUGACCGACAUGUGGCUAACUCUACUCAGUAUGAUCAGCGGCGCCACAUGCUAUGCUCUGUUCUUGGGGCACACUACAAAUCUAAUACAAUCUCUAGAUUCUUCAAGACGGCAGUAUAGAGAAAAGUUAAAGCAAGUAGAAGAAUAUAUGGCGUAUAGGAAGUUGCCCAGGCAGCUAAGGCAUAGAAUUACGACUUACUUCGAGCACAGGUACCAGGGCAAAUUCUUCGACGAAGAAGAAAUUCUAGGAGAGCUUUCGGAAAGGCUAAGAGAGGAUGUAAUCAACUAUAACUGUAGAGCAUUAGUUGCUUCUGUUCCUUUCUUCGCAAAUGCAGACCAGAACUUUGUAAAUGAUGUAGUGACGAAGUUACGGUAUGAGGUGUUCCAGCCUGGUGACGUCAUCAUCAAAGAAGGUACUAUUGGCACCAAAAUGUAUUUCAUCCAAGAAGGCAUCGUUGACAUUGUUAUGAGCAAUGGGGAAGUAGCUACCAGUCUCUCCGAUGGAUCCUAUUUUGGAGAAAUUUGUCUACUGACGAAUGCUAAACGGGUGGCGAGUGUCCGUGCGGAGACGUACUGCAAUCUAUUCUCUUUGUCAGUGGAGCACUUCAACGCCGUCCUCAACAUGUAUCCGCUGAUGCGGCGGACCAUGGAGUCGAUCGCAGCCGAGCGCCUGAACAAGAUCGGCAAGAACCCAAGCCUCGUCUCGAACCGCGAGGACCUGCAGCAUGACCUGAAGGCCGUCAACGCCAUCCUGCUGUCCACGCACGAGCACGAUAAUCCUUGUGACAGCAGUGACGACAGCGACGGCUUGCCACCAGCCUUCCGCAACAAGAAGCUCAAGAAGCACUCCAUUGCCAUGGCAGUUUCAAAGACCCUGAGGAAUGCCCUUCCGAGGCCUAAGUCUGAGAGCUGCUUCAACAACAUGGAGCAGGGAGGUCGGCCUGAAACCAGCUUCCUACAGCGGUCAGAGACCUUUUACCAGUCGACGAGCCUUGCGCCGCCACCCCCGGAGAGCAGCAACCAGUUGCGGCCAUGAACAACCACCGUGCCUCUUACCACCUCUGGACUGUGAAGAGAUGGCCCCAAAGCGACGUCAGUGAGAGAAUGCCUCACUCGGUUUUGCGUAAUCACCAUUGAGAAAGCUCAUUUUCUCAUGAAUGUCCCAAAUGUCCAGCUGUAAAAUAUCGUAUUGUUUCUGUGUGCUUCAUACCCACUUUUAAAAUUUAGGAUGGGGCGAGUGUUUAAAGAUUCGGUUUUUGCAAUGCUUUUUUUUUUUUCAUUUCUUCGAAUUAUUUUAUAUACAUGGAAGACAGAAGAUAAAGUGACUUGUGAUGAGGUGUAAAAAACCAAAUUUGAACCUUGUGCCACGACAGUGCAGCUGGACGAUGAAAAGAGUUAAGUGAUCAACCGAGUGAGGCUAUAUCCAUUCGGUGGUGCAAAAACUUUCUAAUCUAAUGAAAAGUCGCAGGAACCUACACUGUGACGAGUUGUACAUAGAUGUAGAGAAAAAUAGCCAAUUGUAUAGGAAUCUAUUUUUUUCUGUACACGACUUUUACGUAAUGCACAAUCAACGUAGAAGCCGGCCGUCAAUGGACAAUGGCGGCUCUGUAAAAAGAACUUACCUGAAUUAUAGACAGAGAAAUUUUUUAUACGGAUAGAAAUAUUAAUAAUAUGUUUAUUUGUUGUAAACUGCUGUGUGUCAGCUCAUGAAAGGCCUUAGUGAAAGCCUCGUAUCACUUCUCACGUCAGAUAUCAAAUAGUUUCGAAAUGUUUUGUAAAUCACACUUCUUGUCCCGACACUGCUGCCUCACUUUCUUUACUCAUCCUAUGCAAGAACAGUGUUUUGCACUAAAUGAAACAAAACAGUCGGACUCUUAGAAGCCUCAAUUGCCUGCUAUAAAAAUUCAUAGACCUUUUAUUCAAAUCAACUAUUUAAAAUGUUCACAUUAGUAAGAAUAUUCAAAUGGAACAGUGAAUGCCGUUUGAGUAAAUUUUAGAAAAUGUGAACAUGUUAGAAAUGAUUCUUAAGCUUAAUUUUAUCUUUACAUAUAAAUAUAAAAAGUCAGUAUGCUUUAAAGUGGGAAUUUUUUCCAGUUUUAUUUUCAUAAAUGAUGUAUUUUCAAAAGCGGUGUUAAUUUUAAAGAAAUAUUAUUAAAACUACAUAGCACACACAUACUUACAUAGCACAGCUAAGAAAGACUUCAAAGCUUAUUUAUAAAACUACAUUUACGUGGCUAGCCUUGUGUUUACGUAAAAUGCAAUAGAUAUAUCUUUUUGCUUUAUUAUGAUCAUAUUCAGGCACAAAAUCUAAGUUCAAUCUUUUUGCAUUAUUAUGAUCAUAUUCAGGCACAAAAUCUAAGUUCACCUCAGAAUAAUAUAGUUACUCAAAUAAUGAUACACAAAUAAAAUUACUUUAACUGUUAAUAAAACAUAGUGUUUCGUUGUUUCAUAUAUAUGUAAGAGUAAAACAAGAAGUUCAUGUUUCAGUUAUUUUAAUUAUUUUUGAAGACAUUUUCAAAUACAGCAUAUCAACAAUAGUAACUGCUAUCUUCCUUGCAUUAUUAAGAUAAUGCAUUUUUCAGUUACAGAAUAUAAAAGACAUAUUAUUUAGAUAAUUCAAAUAUAAAUUCGAUGAAAUGGUAAUAUUGACUAAAUUAUAGUAAUAUUAACGAGUUAGAUUUUCUUCAAAUAAGUAAUGUUUGUUAAUUUUUAGUGCAAGCAUUUCCAGAAAUUUAUAUAAAACUAUACUAACAGAUUUUAGCAGUUUAUGUAAAACUAUAUCUAAGAUUCUUAUUAUAUUGUACCAGUAGUAUGUCUUGUUUUAAUUCUCGGUUCUGUUUUCUUCUAAAAUUUAUCGCAAAAACUUUGUUCUCCGACUUGAAGCAAAUUUGCAUAACAAAAUGGAAUUAAAUGGAUGGUGCUUAUUGCACAAAUGCAAUUAAGAGAAUUAACUCUAAAAAAUAUUCUUAUAAUUUAUUUUCAAAUGGACGUUAAAUAAAACUGAAUUGUCCAUUCGUCAAAAACAAAACAAUUUCCUAACCCGUUUCAAAAAAUUUAUAAAUAAAAAAUGUCUUUUUCUAAAUAUUUUCUCAUAUUAACAACAGUUUUUAAUAUGAAGAAACAUUCAAAAUCGUUUAUGUCUCUGACAGAUAAUAAGAAAUUUAAUUUUCGUCAUUCAUAGAUAAUUAGCAAUUUCAUUUCAUUUUCAUAAGCGAGUCUCAAAUUUUAAUUCAUGAGAACAAAUUUAAAUUUACCAUUAAAAGAGAAAUAAAAUGAAUUCCUUCGAAUUACAAGUCUCUUAUCUUUUAUAGUCCUUUUUUUUAAUUAUAAGUCCUUUGAAAAAUGAAAUACACUAUCAAAGCUACAUACAUUCAAAAGUAAAACUUCGGAUUUCCUUUUGAUUGUUUUCUUUCGAUGUGUAUAAACAAGUUACAUAAAAUAUUUCUCAAAACUAUGAAAAUUUAAUGAACAUAAUAAUUCAAUAAAGAAUAAAAAAACAAGACCCACAUUAAAUAUUCCAUUCAUUUGCCCCGAUACCAGUUGAUACAAAAGUUACUUAACUGUUUAUUACGUCUAAACAUUUUCCCGUUCAAAAGAAUAAACUGUGUCUUAAGAAAUAGUAAGAUAUUCCGAAUAAAAUGUUGAAUACGGAUAAAACAAAAUUGAAAAGCUCUAAUUAUAGAACACUUCAUUAAAAAACUAAAAUUAAAAAAUCGGUAUCUGCUUAAAUCUAGUUUUACUAAAUGUUGGAAUGAUGUCAUGAAAUCCUGAUUUCGAUCACAAUACAAAAGAUAUUCUUGAAUAUAUUGCUCUAAAUUUUAUCUUAGCAAUCAAUUACUUGGUCUGAAACAUAUCAUUUAUCGUGCAUAAUGGCAAAUAACAACUACUGAAGUUUAACUUCACAGCCACAACAUAAAAUCCGUAACAUAUUUAAAAAUGGUUAAAAAAUUAUCUACAUACAUGUUAUAAUGAAUUAACUUCAUUAUUUUUAUAUUUUGAAAACACACUUCUUUUUCCAAUAACAGAUUGUGAACAGUUACAGUGUAACACAGUCCAUUAAUCUAUACAAGGUCAGAUGUGGUGGUCUCUUUAUUUUCGAGGUACCUAAUAGGUGGGCCACCAUCGUAUCCUAUGAAGGGUCGGGCAGUUACAAACAUGCAUUCUCCAGGAUUCGAACCCUGACCCUUCGGUAUCGCAGUCAGGCGCUUCCCUAAACACUAUAGCGUCUGGGCGGCUGAUUACACGUAAUUAUGUAAUUAAAAAAAACAUGUAAUUGUUUAACAUGUAGCUCAAAACGUUUUUCAUAUAUUUUUUAUAAUAACUAUAUAUCAUUUUAUUUGACAGGCUUUUAAGCAGAUAUAAAUUAUAUGUGAUGUAUUUUUAUAAAUUCUUGUAUCAUCUUUCAAAAAGUAACAUGACUCAUAAUUUUAAGUCUUACAAAUUUUAAGAACCUUUCUUAAGUGAUUUUCUCUGCUAAAGUUUUUAUUAAUUUUAUGCUGUACAGGUGUGUCGUAGUUUAAUUAGUUAUUCCGAUUUCUUAAGAUACGUAUUUGCUCCUUCUCUCGCAAAUCAAUUCCGAUCAGACAAAUGAAUAAAUAAAAAAACAAAAAAAUUGCGCAAAUAUUAACAAAAACAGACGAAAAUUUCUAAAAUUACUUGUAAUGAAUUAAAUUGCAACUUUGAAAUCAAUUAAAUUGCAAUGUGAAGUUCCUGAAAGUAAUCUGUAGGAUAUAAUUAAUAUUUCAAUGACCAUUUUUUGUACACUCCUCAUUGUGUAGUUUUGAUAUAUUUCACAUUCGUGCAAAUAAGACACUCACAAAGCUACACACAAGUAUUAAAUAGCUUUUUAACAAUUAGAAAACGUCAUUAUAUGGAUUUUUAUUUUUGAAUGGGGCAACUAAAAUUAAGCUACGCCAAAUUACUUAAAAAAGCAAAGUAUACACAUCUAGCUACAUAAGCGAAAGAGCUCCCACUUUAAUAGCGGAAAAUGUUUCUUAAUGUAAACCGAGGUAUGUUAUAAUGGUGCUAGAAAAAUUAUUUUUUAAUAAAAAAAGGAUCAGGCUUUCACGAAAUUAGAUAUUACCUGCGUUAUGGAAUGAGAAGUGAUGCGAGGGUACAGAUUACAGUUAGAGAGCUGUAGUUUAGUGAUUAUUUUAGAUACUGCGUAGUGCGUAGCUCUUUAGCGUGGGUUCAAGUGUAAUGAGCUUAGCAUUUUUCAGCCAUUGAUGUGACAUUUAUUUUUGUAGAGCUUUUCUUUUCAAUAACAAUAUGAUUACAACGAGACGUAUAAAGUUUAAGGGUGUGUGAAAAACUUCCUUAAUUGUUUUCUAUGAUUUCUCAAGAAUGCCCUUCGAGCUUCUAAAUGAGAGUUUUGUAAACUGCUUUGUGUUUUUAAUGUCGAACUUAUUAAAUAAUGAAAAAUUCUUGUUUUAAAUAUAAACAUAUUAAAACAUAUAAUACAUGUUAAAUAUAUAAUACGUAUUAAAAUACGCAGCCAAAAUUUUAGGAAACAAUAUUCUUAACUAUUUUGAGCAGUACUGUGCUAUUAAGAGCAAUCAUAAGAAAUCUGCUAUCAUCUCAUUUUGCUCUUCUAUUAGUUGUAAAAUUUCCCGGAUUCCCCAUGAUAUCAACUUAUAUCAUUUUUUUAUAAUUAAAAUUUGUCAUAAUUAGAUCCUACUUUAGAUUUUAAUAUUUAAUUUCAUAAUAUUCCUAAUUAAUACGCCUUAAUUUGAUGAAAUUAAAUUUUAAUUUAAAAUUUUCGCAUAAAUCAUGACAGACUUUUAUAACAGAAAAUAAGAAAUUAAUAAAUCUUUAUCGGUUGUCGUCUAAGUCCCUCAAUUGCGUUUAUUAAAUUUUAGGUCUUUAAAAUGUUUUCUUUUCUCUUUCUUCUUUUUGAUCCAAUGAAAUUUCAUGAAAUGUUGCACAUAAAUUGGCUAUGUAAAUGUUAUUUCGCAUUAAGAAUGAAAAUAUAUCCUAAUAUUUAAUUUACUUUUUAUUACCAAUACAUGAUACCAAAAAUACAUCUUUUCUUAUACAAAAAAAAAAAAUCCUUGGUCGAAUAUUUAAACUCUUCUUCAAGAAAUAAAAGCAAGUCUUUAAAUCUAAUGGCAGUUAUUCAGCAACUUCAAAAGAUUCAAGUAAACUUGGCAUAUCUCAUAUACCUACUAAUUAAAUUUUCAAGAAGUUGUCAUUGUUCAGUAAAAUUUAAUUAGAACAAAAUUUUCAGACAAAAUCAUCAGUUUGGUAAUGAAGUCGUCGAGGACAAUUUUUCCCUAAUGCAAUUCAGUUCAAAAUAACAUUUUUAUUAUCACACUCAUAUACAAUAAUGAACAACAGCAAUUUUACUUUACUUUUAAAAAUGGUGAUUUCAAAUUAAAGAAUGUAUGUUUGAAAUUUAAUUCAGAGGUAGUUGUGAACACUGAUAUUGUUUUUAAUUGAAAGAAGAAACCGAUAAUUUAUUAAUGCAUUAUUAGUUGCAUUGUAAAAAACGUAAUCUUUCCUUUUAAAUCAAAAUUUAGGAACUCGUGGGGCAUUCAUUCAUACUAAUUUGAAAUUUAUGUUUUACUGUUUUAUGGGCUAUGCUUUUAUAUAUUAUCUAUGAAUACCUUUAUUGGUUUUUAAUGUAUAUUGCGAAAGCAUUAUGUUCGCAGAUUUUUUUAUAUUUAAACAUAUUUCAUAAAAUGGAAAAAGAAAGCAAAUGUUAAAAGAACAUAAAAGUUAUAACUAUAUUUAAAUACAUAAUAUACAUAACUGGUCAUUUAAAAGGUGUCAUUUACAUUGAAGCGGCUGAUAUCCUGAUAUCCUUCUAGUUACUAACUUUGUAUUUUUAAACAGAGCAAGAACAACGAAGAACUAAAAUUUUGCUUUUCUUUUUCUUUCGGUCAUACUCAUUUUAUGCAAUGGGAAAAGUUCCGUAGAUGUGCUUAUGGCGACAAAAUCUAACAAAGAAAGUUUUUUUCUAUAAUUUAAGUAUUUCUUCAAUAACAGAACUACAUUUGCAAAACGUUUUCUCAAGGAAAUACGGAAUAUAAAAUACCGAGAAUAAAGUUUCCUAAUUUGGCGCAAAAUUGAUUUUAUCGCCAAGCUGUUUGCUGAACUUAAUCCCACAUAAUAUAUAUUGAAGCCAGCAAUAAAAAUGAAUCCAAGGUUACCUAUUUAAAAUAGGUUAGGGAAUUCAAAUCAGAUAUCAACCUCUAUUUCAGCUCCUGCUGUCGACAGUCUUCUUUCUGUUUUGGAUCAAGUCAAAUAUCAGUAAGAAAUUCAUCAAUAAAAACUAGAUUUUUUUAAUA